AUGGGGCUGAUAAAAGAGCUUGAGGGAAUCAUGGGAGGAAACAGUGAGCAGCAGUCCACACAAAUCAUCUGGACGUCGUCCAGCAACGCCAAAAAGGGGUCAUUUGAUGCAAAUGAUAUUCAACAUCAACAUGGGUCAGAGCCCUACAGUUCUUCCAAAUACGCCUCAGACCUUGUCCGUGUGGCCAUCAAUGAUAGACUCAACCAUAAACAUAUAUAUUCGCACACGACGUGCCCAGGCUUAGUGAUGACCAAUCUGACGUAUGGAAUUUUACCGUCAUGGUUUUGGUACCUGGUCCUACCUCUCUUGUGGCUGUUACGGCUGUUCACGGGCAGCAUGACACAGUCUCCCUACAACGGCAGCGAGGCUCUGCUCUGGUUGUCUCUACAGGAACCUGAAAGUUUAGAUCCAUUAAUGAAAUAUCACAGUAGAGUGUCAAUACUGGGGAACAGAUACGUGGAAGCUGUUAAGAUGGACCUUACAAGAGCCUCAGCAAAGGAAACUUAUAAAAAAUUGUCAGAUUUAGAGAACGAAUAUAGGUCAAGGUAUAGUCAGUCAUCCAGUUAA